GGUGUUUUUCAACCAGUGUGAUGUAUAUCUACAGUAUUUGUAUAAUCUACUUACUGGCAAUUGCAGAACUUUCCAAAGGGAAUACAGACUGCCCCUGUGACGCAGCACAUUUCUGCCAUUGUUCCUCCAUGCACUGGGAGGCUAUUCCAUCUGGAUUGCCAAGAGAUGUCAGGGGAUUAAACCUGUCCAGCAAUGCCAUACAGAUUGUCACUGAGACUGACCUAAAGCCCUAUGACCAACUGCAGACACUCCUGCUGCAGUAUAAUGCAAUACACACUAUAAAUGACGGCUCAUUCCAACCACUUGGAAACCUUGAAGAAUUAGAUUUAUCAUACAACAAUUUAGUCCUUUUGUCUUCAGUUUGGUUUCGAAAUCUGAACAAGUUAAAGCAUUUAAAUCUCCUAGGUAACCAAUACAUAACACUUGGGAAUGAUUCACUAUUUGCCAGUCUUUCCUCUUUAAGUUCAUUACAAUUUGGAAAUCAGAACUUUGACGCUAUACAGAAGCAAAGCUUUGAGGGAUUAGAGAGACUUAAUACACUUGAAAUAAACGCUGCACAGUUAACACUGUAUGAAGAGGGAAGUCUUGGAAGGAUGAAGCAAAUUUACCAUACUAUUUUGAGAGUAAAUCUUACUUUACUACCUGCACUGCUCAAAGACUUGGUGCAUUCCGUGACCCUGCUAGAAAUUACCGACACAGAAUUUAGCACUCCUGCUGACAUGCAAGCCUUUGAAGUUCUUGCUUACACCAGUGUGAAGCAAUUCAUUUUCAGGAACUGCACAAUUGUUGACGUGAGUGGAUACAGAUUUGUUGAAAUUAUUCAGACUUAUAGAAAUAUAACAGAUGUUGUCAUGAAAAACUGCAGACUUUUAGGAAGAGGAUUAGAUUGUCCAAAUCUGAAAAGAACAACCUCUUCUGUUACUACAAUUAUUAUAAAUAACAUUGAAGUAUCAUUGUAUUAUAUCUUUUCUGACCUUAGUUCAUUGCAUCAAAUUAUACCACAGUUUACUUAUGUAACUGUAACGGACUCCCCAGUUUAUUUAAUUCCAUGUCAGUUUUCACAGUCAUUCACUUCUCUUCAAUACCUGGAUGUUAGUGGAGGUAAACUGGAUAAUACUUAUUUAGGAAGCUCAGUGUGUUACCAUGAAGGCGGGGGUGCAUGUCCCAAGUUGCAGACUUUAAAUGUCAGUAGAAAUCUUCUGACCUCUGUGCCAAAAGUUGCGCAAUUCCUGUCUGGGCUGAAUUACCUCACUAACCUGGACAUCAGCCAGAAUAAAUUCAGUGAAUUAUCAACUUCUAAGUGCCAAUGGCCUAAAAACCUAAAAUACUUGAACAUCUCAAACAAUCAGAUUAAUAUUAUAACUACUUGCAUUCCACCAACUUUACAGAUCUUGGAUGUGAGUUCAAAUUAUCUCACAGUUUUUGCAAUUGAAAUGCCAAAUUUGACAGAACUUUACAUAUCAAACAACAGACUGAGUAAGUUACCAGAAGGCAUGUAUUUUACAAGUUUAGUAUUAUUAAGUAUAAGCAGAAAUGAUCUAAAUGGUUUUGGCCAGUCAGAUUUAGAGUUGUUUUCCAACCGUACCAUACUGGAUGCAAGAGCCAACAAUUAUAAAUGUUCGUGUCAAUUUCUAGAUUUUAUUCGCUCAAAUACAGCUGUAUUGGUAGGUUGGCCAGAUAACUACAAAUGUGCUUCUCCUGCUUCAGUAAAAGAUGUACAAAUACAAGAUGCAAACCUGCCUCCCCUGGUGUGCCAUAAAACACUAAUUGUAACACUGUCCUGUAUUCUCUUGAUAGCACUUGUAGCAGCUAUUGUGGCUCUUUGCCACUUCCUUCAUGUUGUAUGGUAUGCAAAGAUGACCUGGGCCUGGCUAAAAGCCAAAAGAAAGCCCCUGAAAAACUGUGACAGAGAGAUUUGUUUUGAUGGGUUUGUUUCUUACAGUGAAAGAGACUCUGAAUGGGUUGAGAAUAUGAUGGUGCCAAAGCUGGAAAAUGCCACCCUGGCAAUGAAACUGUGCUUACAUAAGCGCGACUUUGUACCCGGCAAGUGGAUUAUUGAUAACAUUAUAGAUGCAAUGGAGAAGAGCUAUAAAACUGUGUUUGUGCUCUCCGAGCACUUUGUCAGAAGUGAAUGGUGUAAGUACGAGCUGGAAUUCUCUCACUUCCGUCUCUUUGAUGAAAAUAACGACUCAGCCAUUUUGAUUCUUUUGGAUCCCAUUGAGAAAGAAACUGUCCCAAAACGAUUCUGCAAGCUGAGGAAGCUCAUGAACACUAAAACAUACUUGGAGUGGCCUACGGACGAGGAGCAGCAAGAAGUAUUCUGGGAUAAUUUGAAAACAGCGUUGCAACCAGCAGAUUAUAUAAAUUAAUAAAUAACCUCACAAAAUAAAGUAAAGAUUGAACCUUCAUUGGCUAACCAAGAAGAUAAUGACAAGCAACACAGUUCCUGUUUUAAAGCAUUCCAGUAAUGCACACCGCCCAUUCCCCUCUUUGCUUUCAUUUCCCUGACUGUAUCAGCCCAUUAAAUACUAAUUGCUUGCUGAGGGUUAUGGACUUACAACAAUAUAUCAUUGGUAUUGUUUUUGUCUUGAUAAUGUUAAAUAUAAUGACAAUGAUGUUUUCAAGUAACAUAUUUAAUUUCAGAAUUACAAACCAAAAUAUUGCUGGGAAAAUAAAAACACUUGAUAUUUGGAUUAAAUAUAUAUUUAAUAUAUUUGGACAGUGAAGCCCGCAGAAGACUAUAUAUAACUUCAACAGUCCUGUCUUAGCGAGUCACACUCUAUUGUUAUAUGAUUAAUGCCAAUUAUUUAAAUAAUAUAUCAUAAUAAUAUAUUAUUAUAUUAUAUACAAUAUAAACAAUACUUUGGUCCCCCCAAUAAUGCAAACUUUACUUUCCUUUUCAUUUAUCAAUGUGUUUAGCUGUAUGUCAGUCCCAGCAAAGUUCCAAUAGCAAUGCAUUCAGGGUCUCAAGAGCUGCCCAUGUGCUGUUUUGGUGGGUCAUAUUUGGGCAGGGGUUCCACAGUGAAGUUGAAGCUCAGUGCCCUUUUAUUGGAGAGCUGUUGCUCUGGGUUGCAGGGGUCUUCAUCCAGUGGACCCAGAUCACAUGUGGGCUAAUGCAUGGAUCCCCUAUAUAUAGACACGUUUACCAAUAUUGGAUUCAUUGCAUGUGUGCUUUCCUAAAAUCUAUGUCUUUUGGGAGUAAACUUAUUUGUGGCUUCAUCCCACAUACAAUGUUGCAAUAUGUUGAUUUUGUAAUGACAGAAAUGAUAGAUAAUAUGGGGUGCCUCUAUCUUGGGGUUCCUACAUGCCAAAUACUUAGGAAUUCAUAUUUGGGGUGUUUUAUCCAGGUAUCUAAUGAUAUAUGGGAGAUGAGAUGCUGAAAACUGGAAGGAAUUUUCAGGUAUUUCAUCAAAACGGCAAAUUUUGGGAAAGCUUUGUGGUUUAGUAGACAUGUGUACCUAUUUCAGAUUUGGAGGUAUGUGUCAUUUCCAAAAAUAUAUGGCCUUUUUAA